AUGAAGUUCAUCUCGCUCUCGACUGCCCUGCUUGUCCUCUCGGGCUCCCUCGUCGCCCUCGCCGAGUCCAUCGCCUUCACCAGCCCCAGCCAGGGUGAUCAUCCUGCCGCCGGCUCGCAGAUCAACAUCGCCUGGACCGUCGGCGCUUCUCCCGCCUCCGGCCCUGCCCUGAGCCUCGGCGACACCCUCACCUUCACCCUGACCCGUACCGUCAACGGCCAGCAGGCCAACCAGUACAUCGGCACUGCUUCCCCCAGCUCCGGCCAGCUCGCCUACACCAUCCCGAGCUCGCUCACCCCCAGCGCUUCUCAGGGCGACACCUACAUCAUGGCCAGCAACGGAAAGGGCUACUUCAAGGCCAGCCCCUUCUUCUCGGUCGACCCCGCUGCCCCUGCUCCUCCCCCGCCUGCGGCCACCACCAACGCCAACCCGCCCGCUCCGGCUCCCGUUCCCACCACCACCACCGGUGCUGCUCCCAACCCUCCUCCUCCUGGAACCAAUGGUAACGAUGUUGCACCCGUGGCCACUACCACCGACAACGCUCCCGCUCCCGGACCCACCAAUGGCCCUGCUCCUGCUCCUGGCACAACUAACGCCCCUGCGCCUGCCUCAGCCGCCAGCUCGGCCUCUGGAUCUGCCCCUGCCCCAGCUACCUCUGGAUCUGCUCCCGCCCCCGCCACUGCCUCCAAGUCGUCCUCGGCCUCCGCCAGCGUCUCUGUCGGUGUCACUGCCCCCUCCUCCACUGGCAAGUCGGCUGCUGCUCCCCUCAAGGUCGGCGGUCUUGUUGCCGCUGCCGCCGCCGUUGCCGGUGGUCUCCUUAUGCUCUAA